CAACACCGCAGCGCUCUACGCUACAGUACGGUACAGCCCAGCACAGCCCAGUACAGCAUAGCCCAGCAUCCACAACCCGACCAUGACCGAGAACAACGAGACAGAAGGCGAGCCGCCGAACACAGAGCUGCAGAGGUCGCCCGGGUCUGUGUGCAGUCAGCAAGAGACCAAGCUUCAACGGCUGAAGAGAUCCUUGUCCUUCAAGACCAUCCUCAGGAGCAAGAGUGUGGAAAACUUUUUCCAGCGGACCAACAGCGAUGCGAAGUUCCCUCCCGAGAUCCUGCCUCCCCCACCCACACCCCCACCGACCCCCCCUAGUGCAGUCCUGCCCGUGGACCCGACAGCCAACGAGCAACCCGCGAGGAAGUCCCACCCCGUGGCCAUCCCCCUCAAACCAGUAAGGACACACACCUUUCAAGAAUUUGUCUUCAAAAAGCCCACAUUUUGUGACAUCUGCCAUCACAUGAUUGUAGGGUAUUCGAAGCGCGGUUGGCGAUGUAAACUGUGCAAGAUCAACGCCCACCCGCAGUGUGGAGAGGACGCUUGCCGGCAACAGUGUGUGGGGAAGCUGCCGAUGGGAUUCCGACGGAACUUCAGCUCGCCUCUCCUCAUCCACGAGCAGUACGGGGUCGUGAAAGAAGCCAUGCCAAUGGCCACAAGCAGUAAGGUGGACCCAGUGUAUGAAGCUCUCCGAUUCGGGACAUCUCUCGCUCAGAUGAGCAGAUCGAGCUUUGGGAGCUUCUCGGAAUCUCCAACGAAGCAUUUGGGCAACAAUGGAGACAUUGAGGAGGAGCCGGACCUCGGGACGAGUAGCUCUGCGGAGUGUGAGGCUCAGACAGACACCGUGCCUUUGGAGAAUGGAACAGUAGAAUCAGAAGACAAAGGAGAGAGUUCUGUACCCGUUCAGGUAAAUCCAACUACCGUAGGAAUCAAGGCAAGCGUUGGCCCGUAUGCCAGGUCUCGACUCCAAACAUCAACCAUCACUGUGCCUUCACAGGUGCUGCUUGACCUACUGAGUUCCUGCAGCCGUUUGGUUUGUUUUUCCUACUGUAAAACAGGGCGGCAAAGUGGUAAAUUUGGCCAGAGACUUGGGUUCGAUCCCGACGACGGGUGCUGUCUGUAAGGAGUUAGCAUGUUCUCCCUCUGACCGCGUGGGCUUUCUCCGGGUGCUCCGGUUUCCUCCCACACACCCCAAAGAUGCGCGGGUUUGCAGGUUAAUUGGCUUCUGUAAAUUGCCCAUCGUGUGAGGAGCGUGCAAAACUGGGAUAACAUGGAAGUGUGGACUCGGUGGGCUGAAGGGCCUGUUUCCACACAUUGUCUCCGAACUGAGCUAGAGAUAUGGAAGGGUACAAAGAGAAUGUAAGGUGUGAAAAGGACAGAUCAAAGCAGAAGAUGCUCAAGGAAAUGUACAAUUAGAUUUGUUUUCGAGAUACAGCGCGGAAACAGGCCCUUCGGCCCACCGGGUCCGUACCGACCAGCGAUCCCCGCACAUUAACACUAUCCUACACCCACUAGGGAAGAUUCUUUUACAUUUACCGAGCCAAUUAACCUGCAAACCUGUACGUCUUUAGAGUGUGGGUGGAAACCGAAGAUCUCGGAGAAAACCCACGCAGGUCACGGGGAGAACGUGCAAACUCCGUACAGACAGCGCCCGUAGUCGGGAUCGAACCCGGGUCUCUGGCGCCACAAACGCUGUAAGGCAGCAACUCUACCGCUGCACCACCUUGACCGUCCAAUGGCUCAUUGUUGGACAGUGGAGAGCUAGUAGGAGAACAAGGGUGAGGGGAUGGACAGAGGGAGAGGGAAAGCAAGGGUUACUUGAAGAGAGAGGAAUCAAAAAAUAUCCCACUUGGGUGUAAGCUGCACAAGCAAAAG